AUGCUUCUAUCUUCAGUAAGCUAUCAUCUUCUCUUACAAGCGACAAGUUACACGGCCCUCAAAGUGGCAGCUCUACCAAGCCCUACCCCAACAAAAAGCGAAGUCUUUUCGCUUUGGGAUCAUGGGUUUGUGGACCUACUCCAACCAUGCUCGCACACUGGGUAUUUGGAUAUUUUGGGAGAAGAAAAUCACCAAAAACGUCCAUUGGAAGACGGGACAUCCGUCUUCGAACAAAAUCCUCACUCAUCAUCGGCUGCCAAUCAAGCAGCUGAAAUUCCUAAUCCAAUCACUCCGCAAGAAGCUAGACUUUUUCCGAGACCACUCAAGAGACAACGGGAGAGUCCGGCGGAUUUAUUUGAUAACUGGAGUGCAAGUGUUACUUCUUCGGCGGACUCUGUCCAAUACAAUCACAACUUGAAGAUGAACCAGGACUUGCAAGGAUCGAGUGACCAGCACCAUCUAGCAAGUCUAUCCAAGCAUGAUAACAUCAUGGGCUUAGGAGAAUCAUUGCUCCAAGGACCACCGUGUGUUGGACUUUGCCUCGAGAAUCUAGGAGGCUUGCAUUGUAAUAAAUGGUCAACUGGCGCACCAUCUUCAUCACACAACAUAGGCUCAGACAGCUGCUCUUAUCAUCAAAACUACUGGUCACCAAUUGACAUCAAUCCAGAAAGCCUUGAUAAUUAUUCAAGUUCGAUAUUGUUGAACCAGAGCCACUUGGGAUCUACUUCAAGACCUGAAGGGCGACAGAAUGAAAACCCCGAUCAUUCUUUUGAUAGCCACAUAUGGGACGGGUUUCUUUUAAGAAACGAAGCUCCACUUUACUCAACAAUGGGUAUGGAUUCUGAACGCACCCUGCAGGGUGAAGGUAAGAUGUAA